UCGCUGAUGAACGUAUCGUUAUGGCGACGCGCGUGUCGAAUCAGCGCGUGUGAACCCGCAGAUGAGUGACGCGGCAGCGCGAGAGCGGAGCUAACGCGAACCUGCGAGUGAAAUAACUCACGAAACUGCGGGAAAUCAGCGUCGAAUCACCGAUAAACGGCCCGGUCGCGACGAGAUCUUCAGUCAUGAAGGAAAACACCUUCUCUCGGGAUUUAGGAUAGAAACACACUACAACACACACACAUACAUAAUAACACACUGUUUCCACACUCCUCCUCCUCCUGCUGAUGAAGAUAAAGAUGAUGCUGGUGAUGAAGAUGAGGCCCUGACUCUCUCUCUCACGCACGCGCACACACGCACACACACACACACACACACACACACCUGCAGCUGUUUCCACACUCUGAUGAAGAAGAUGAUGAUGCUGGUGAUGAAGAUGAAGCCCUGACACACUCACACACUCACUCACACACACACACACACACACACACACACACACACACACACUGGUAUCAUGGGCUCGUCUCUCAGCGAGCCCUGCAUCUAUGAUAAGCUGUCAGAGAGCAUCGACAUCCUCCGGCAGUCUGGAUACAGGUAUGGGAUGUCCGAGAGCGAGAUCGAGAAGUUCAUCAAGCAGGUUCUGGAGACUAACGAGCCCCGCAGGGACCCGCCACAGUUCCCCAUCCUGAGGGCCACCGUCAAGCUGGUGCUGGCGCUGGGGGUUCUGCUGAUGGCGGUGCUGGUGUUCACGUAUCCUCAGAGCGCUCCUCUGCUGGACUCCUCGAGCGCAGCUAGACUCAACAGCUCAUCUCCUCUCAGUCACGCACGGCUGCUGGAGCUGCCCAUCGCCAACAAAUACAACCUGCACGGGUUUCACGAGCGGUGGGCGUCCGGUGCGCCGCAGAUGUCGCAGGUGAACUGCUCGGCCUGCGCAGACGUGACUGAAGUGCUGGAGCUGAGAGCGUCUGCGGGGAUCGACAGACACACACAGCCACUGCUGCUCAAGGGCGGGGAGUCUCUGUCUCGCCGUGUGUCUCAUCUGGAGCAGUUCUCACAGCCGCAGACACCUGCCAACUUCACCCUGCUCUGGAGUUUCUCGUCCGGUCCCAGAGAGACGCUUCUCCAGUGGUUGUUUCCUGACACUGAGCUCUGCCCUCUGCUGGAGAACACAGGAACAACACUGCAGCGCUGCCAACUGAGCGACCGACCCAGCGCUCAACACACGCGUGUGCAGGUGUUGGGCUGGCUGGUGGUGGCUGAGGGUUCUCCGUCGGUGCGUGUUCUUCCCGUCCAGCGAUGCCAAAACCACUGCCGCUCCUUCAGUCUGUGGCUGGAGCCGGGAGACAUGGUGCUGGCCGACCCGCGCUACUGGCUGAUGGAGCUCUUCCCGUCUGGAGCUCAGCGAGUGCUGUGUGACGGCCCUGUGCUCUGAGACUCUGAUCCGUCCCGAGGAGAACCGCAGACCUGUUCAGUGACGUCUCUUUCUGCUGCUGAGCGUCUGUGAUCCUGGGUUCCGGUGAUGCUUUCUGACGCUCGCAAACUUCAAAGAAACUGUAUUUUGUUGAAAGAAAAUCAAACCUAUUUUAGGAUAUUUUAGUACAUUUUGACAUUGUUUUCAUUGCUGUUUAAGCGCAUUUCGUCCUCAACCUACUGGGAUGCAAAAACACAAUCUCAUUACUGUAUACAGAAAAAUUCUCAUUACUGUUACAAUACAAUUACUUGAUGUUAAUUUAUAAAGCCAACUGUAAAUUAUUUUUAUGGUAGUAUUUGUCGUACUGACUGAAUUUAAAUAAACAAGAGUACUAUUUCUGUGAUACAGUGCUGAGAAUUGUUUGGGGGAAUAUUUUUAUGGUAAAAAAAAGUGUAACGGUAAUGAGAAUAAAUAUAACUGAUAUAAUGGAAAUGAGAAUAAUUUUAUGAUUUUUUUUUUUUUUUUGUUAUGGUAAAUCUUUUUUUUAUGACGGUAAUGAGAAUUAGUGUAUAUUUUUCAUUAUGGUAAUGAGAAUGAAAAUUAUUUAUUAUUUAAAAUCUCUCUUCAUAUAGUAAUUUUUUUUUAAAUUUUUGGUGAAGGUAAUGAGAAUGAUCAUAUUUUUCAUUAUGGCAGUAAGAAAUGCAUUUUUAUGAUGGUAAUGAGAAUUAGUGUAUAUUUUUCAUUAUGGGAAUGAGAAUUAUUUUGUUCAAAAUCUCUGUUUUUGGUGAAGGUAAUGAGAAUGAUUAUAUUUUUCAUGAUGGUAAUGAGAAGGAGGUUUUUUGUACGUGUUACAGUGACGAGAACAAGAAUUUUUCUGUAUUACGGUAAUGAGAACAAUUCAUUUUUGUGAGUAUUACGGUAAUGACAUUUGAGAAUAUUUUGUAAUAUUAUGGUAACAAGGACUUAUCAGGAGAAUCUACGUUUUUUUUCAUUAUGGUAAUGAUGGUGAAUAUUUUUGCAUCACAGUAACAUGUCGGAAAUGCGUUUUAUUGUCAUGAAUCUAAUUUCAGUGUUGAAAUGUGAUCCGCACAUGUUCCGCGAUCAGCCAAUCAGAGCACUUUAAAUGUUGGCCAUCAGCCGAUGAUGUCAUUUCCUGGUCGAGCGACGACAUCACCGCCGUCAGAUCGUGCCGACGGUUUAAUAUAGCCAACGUUUUUUGUUCUCUGGAGAUUAAUCAUUGUAAAUAAUGAGAUGCAGAUGAUGUGAUUUACUAAUAUGAUUCAGAGAUUUAUGUUGAUUGUGAUUUUACUGCAGGAUUUACACAGUAAACAAAAGCUGCUGUUCGUAACCCGCUGCGUGUGAUUGCAGUGUUUCUUAUGUGAUUGUUCGUCACAUUUAGAGAGAAAACAGAUGUGUGAUGGUGGUUUUAUAAUGUCUAAAGCCAGACUGAGCGUGUGAAGUGUUCAAAUGCAACAAAAAAAGCUGAUUAUGUGGAAGUAUGCAUUAGAGACCGAGUUGGUCCAGGUGAGAAAAAAAAAAAACUUUUUUC